ACGUAGCAGGUCUAUCUAUGACUGUGUACUUUGAACACUCUGAUCUCAAUAUAGCAACUUUAUUUUCGAUAUUUCUGCACUUUCAACUUAAACUUCAGUCUUUACCAGGUAAACAGCAGAAAUAUCAACAAAUUAACAAAAAAAAAUCCCAUUUCGUAAUUUUUUUCCAUUGACCCUUUUUAGUAGUCAGUAGACAUCUGAUUCAUCUGCUUCAUUUUAUUUGUAUUUCACAAAAUCUAGUGGAGAAAUUCGACGUAAUAUUGUUAAGAUAACCUCAUCAACUUUGGCACAAAUGGAACCCCAUAUCAGUGCAGACAAAUUUUCUAUUAAUAUUCACCGAAUUGUUGUUACAGCAGAACGGAUAAGCCGGAGUUAACCAUAACUCAAAAUAGUUCAAAAUAAAAUAAAAAAACAACAAAUCCAUAAUGUAUGCUACUAUAUGUCGUGUCUUUUGAAAUGUCCCUACUUCUGUCCCAGUUCAGACAUUAUAAACCUUCGGCAAACCACGGCGGAGUGACGUCUUCUGGUUUACGCAGAUUCGCAACCCAAUGACGCAAGCAGGAAGUUGGGAGAAAGUCCGAGCAUCCUCGGAGAAGCGAACUUCAGCUCGUAGGUGAAGUGAAACAAGAAUCCAGAGUACAAGUGAGUAGUCGACCAGACUGGUGUCCGUUUGCCACAGGGCCGUCUGUACCGCCUGCUUUCUCCGUUGGUUCUGACAAUGACGUCGGCUCUCCAGCUUCCCAACGAACUAUGGCUGCAGGUGUUCAGCUUUCUGUCCUGGAAGGACAAGCUGAGUAUGCGCUGCACAUGUUCUCACUUUAAGCAGCUGCUGGAUGAAUGUCGGCCUCUGUGGCGGGGCUUCAGCGUGGUGCUGAAGGACCUGUCCCGGUACAACCGCGCCUUCUGGCGGAGCCUCGCUCGGAGGCAGCUGGACAGCGUCGCCCUGCGGGGAGGGAGGAAGAGGGACCUGAAGCUGCUCUCUGUCUGGUUGCCUCUACUCCAGGCCCUGCGGCUGGACACCUGGAGGGGAAGCGACGUCCAGGAGCUGAAGCGGUUCCGCCACGUACACAGCCUGACUCUCACAGCCUGUUCAGAGCCGCUGUUGAACCUGGAGUUCCUCCUUCCUCUGGGUCAGCAGCUGACCCAGCUCAGCCUGUGUAAUGUGCAGCUGGCCUGUCCUCCCUCCCAGCUGCUGGCCAGCCUCUCCCGGCUGACUCGUCUCAAGUCUCUGGUCCUGCACCAUGAUGGCUGUCUGAAGAUCCCAACGCUCAGAGGUGUCCUCUCUCAGCUGGUUAACCUCAACUCCUUGUCCUGGACCAUGAUAAACUACAAAAGACUGUCUCAGGACUUCUUCUGCCCGGCCACUGGCCCAGCUGCUGGUGCCUCCCUGCAGCUGUCUGAGCUGCAGCUGCUGAAUUACGAUGCUGCAGUCACGCCGGAAGUUCUGCAACCUUUGGCCAAUCUCCGCAGCCUGUCGGUCUUCCACCUUUACUCUGUACCCGGACCCACCUGUCACCUGCAGACAUGGCUGUCAUCACUGCAACAGCUCUGCAGCCUGAGUGUGCACGGAGGGCACCCCCUGGUGGUGUAUGCUGACUUCCUCCCAUCCUCCCUCCGCAGCCUGACUCUGUGUGUGGACCUUCAGCCUGAGGACCUGCAGAUUGUCUCCUUCAGAGCUCCCAACCUGAGGCACCUGCACCUGGAGCCAUGGAGCUCCUCCUCCAAACUAGUCAGGCUCCUCCCACAGCUGUUCCCUGGCCUGAGGACGCUGGCCAUCAGACAUCAUCACGCGUCCGAUGAAGACUUCCUGGGUCUCCAUCAGCUCCAGCAUCUCAACACUCUGGAAGUUCUGGAUUCAUUUUACAGGCCAGAUCCUAAAGAUCCGAGCUUGGUUGUCAACAAGCCAAGUCCUCGUCUGCUGCAGCUGAUCUCUGACCUGCAGAAACUCACCAAUCACAAAGUCAGAGUCCUCACCAGUUCACACAUAGACCUGCUCCCCUGUGGCUGCGUCUGACUAGAGACCAGGGCCAACAGCUGCACCAAAACCCUCUGACUGACCAGUGGAACCAAUCAGGGCCAGGUGCAGUCCUACUUCUCAUUCUUGGGAUUCUGAUUGGCUGUGAGGUGGGCGGGUUCUCAGGGUGCUGAUGUUGUGGCUCUGCCCCCUGUGGUCUUCUCCGGUACUCUCCACUCCCAGCUCUGAGUGGGUUUGAAGUUGUUGCCCAACCACUGAGAUUAUUCUUUACUUUGUGAAGGACAUGCAGUUUAUUCUUUAGUGUGCAAUGAAAAAGGAUUUCCUUCGGUUCUUGCUUUUUGUCACAUUUUAAAUAUUCACAUCAUCAAAUGAAUUUCAUCAUAAAACAAAGAUGACCUCUGGUGACCUGUCCAGGGUGUAGCCUCCCUCUCCUGGUGACCGUUAGAGAUGGAGCUGUUUUCAAAUCAUGGUUUCAUUUAUUAAGAGAAAAAACCUGAUCUUAUGUGAAAAAGUAACUGAAGCUGGUACUAGGCAUUUGAGAUCAUGAACAGCUUGUUUUAAGGUCAUGCCACUGAAUUUCAAUUGGAUCCAAGUCCAGACUUUGAGUAGGCCACUCCUAAACCUUCAUUUUUUUUAUUCAUUCAGAGAUGGACUUGCUGGUACGACUCAGAUCACUGUCCUGCUGUUUACGCUCAAUCUGUUUAAACUUAAAGGGGCAGAAUUAGGCAUUUUUCUGCCACAUGCUGCUAUUGUGUAGUAACUGUGUUGCCUUCAGUUGUUGUAAAAAAUACUGCAUAUAUCAAAUAUGUCUUGAAAGAAA